AUGGAUUCAUAAAUUGCUGUAUAAAUACCUACAAUAUUACCAAAACAAUCUAUUUCUUUAAAUUUCAUGCCUUUAAAUGAAAUGUAUAAAAUUACAACGAAAUCAGAUAAUAAUUGGGGAAUAGCAGGAUAUUAAGUACCAAAAAGAUAUUUCGAUCAUAUAAAAACAAUCCAAGAUAGAAUAUUUGAGGAGAUGAGAGUAAAAGGUAAAUUUGAAAAAAGUAUGAAAAAAGUAACAAAAAGAGGUUGCUAUUUAGAUGAUGAAUUUAAAUUACAUAAAAUUACACCUGGUCCUCAAAAAUAUGAUGUAAGUUAUAAAUGGAGUAAUCCUGCAGAAAUAGAAAGUGGAAAAAAAAACCUAAAGAUACAAAGAAAAAUACUUAUAUUGAUGAAAUAAUAAAUAAUUCAAAACGAAAUAUAAUUCCAGGAAUAGGAAAAUAUAAUUUGA